GUUCCAGGAGCAAUGGAACUUUCUAAAGGGAAAGGGAAGGCCAUCUGUGUAGCCAAGGGAAAAAAAUCUAUGCUGGAUGGUGAUUUGGAGAAAACUGUUAGGUUUCUUCAAGAAAAGAAUGUUGGCGUAAUGAUACGUGAUGAGCGAGAAUUGAAUCAGAUUGGCAUGCAUGGAGUAUGCCUAUUAAUUACAUCUGGAUGUUUGUUAGUACAUAUAUUAUGGAAUACUAUUAAUCUUAUUCUUUUCUUUAGGAAAAGGCAAUUUGUGGCGGUAAAGAAAAUGCUGCCCCUAAAGUGGCACCUAAUGAUAAUGUUAGAUCAAAGGCCCAAUGCUUACGACGUGAACGAGAGAGAGCGGGAGAAUGCAUUCAACCGAGGCGGCCCACAUCAUCAGUUGUGCUGCUUCCUAAAAUACCAAAUUUGAUUUAAAAUUUUUGAACUUUUAGAGACAUCUUACUCGAUAAAAUGUGACGUUAUUUCAUCCACCGUGUAGGCACCUAAUGAUAA